AUGAAAUACACUCUGCCCACACUCGCUCUCGCAGCCAUUACCCUAGCAUCACCCACAAAUAUUGCACCACCAGCCUUUAAAAUUACAAAUGUCAUCUCAGGAGGCUCGGGUUGUCCUCAAGGUAGCAUUGAAGUAAGCUGGACCGACAGCAGAAUCCUUCCCAUCUAUUUUACCCCUGCUUUCACCGCCAAAACCGGUCCCUCGACCGAUGCAGCGCUUUCGCGCAAAAACUGCCAACUCAACCUCGCCCUCUCCUUCACCCCAGGCUACUCUUUUUCACUCCUGAGCGCAGACCACAGCGGCUACGGCGACCUCGACGCCGGCAUAACGGGCGUCGUGAAAUCAACCUAUUAUCUCUCCGGCAAUACGGCCCAGACGUCUACGACAUUGAAUAUCCCCGGUCCGUUUCGAGGCCGGUAUGAAAAGAAAGAUCAGGUGGAUGUCAGUGUGUGGUCGGCUUGUGGAGGCGAGGCGGCGCUCAAUGUGAAUUCAGAGGUUGCAUUGAGUCCGUUGGGAGGGGCUGGGAGUGGGGUUUUGGCGCAGACGAGGGAGAGUGCGAAGGGAAGAUUUUACGAAGUCCUCGCCGCCAGCGGGGACCACUAUCUUCCUCUUCGGCGUCGUUUGUUGCAAUCGCAGCAUGACGAGUACCCAGCAUUGCCAGCGCUCUUUGCCGUGCCCAUUCUCUUCGAUUUUGGGUGGGCGUACAGUGGUACUUCAGGUGCACCGGCGACAGUUGCACCUGCCGUGUGUGCCAUCUCAAUAUCAGAUGGCCUUGUGGUUCGCUCCGGGGCGCUGAAAAUUCGCCGACCUGUGAUCGCACCUCCUAUUCGCCUACCCAGCGAGGGAUGUGCAUCCCCCGAAGGAUCGGUCGAAGUGUUUGAAGGGGAGGCAGCAUUGGCUUGGCCGUUGGCAGUGCGUGCACGCACUUGGUUGAUGUGGCGUUCCCGACGUACCAUGACGUUGGUGAUCUUUACAGGGCAAUCGCCUGUGGGCAGUGCGCUUUGCUUGCACAUGGGACAUAGAGACGAGUUGUUGAGGAGAAAGGUGUCAAUGCAAUCGGGAUGGAAGAUGUGUCGGCAGGGCAGCUCGCGCACCUGUGUUUCACCAGAUUUCCAAGUCGUUCCGGACGGAUUGGACACGUAG